AGUCAGCCGUAAAUCAUACACUUGACCACGAUGCGUUCCUCUCAUUUUCUCUCCCUCUUCGCCGUCCUCCUCGUCCUCGGUCUGGCCAACGCCGCACCCCACGCCGCCGCUCAGCUCGAGUCGUCUCACAAGCUAGAGUCGAGGACGAUCGGUCACAUCUGGUCGGCGUUGGAGUUGUUCUUGUACAGACUCACGCAUGGGGGCCAGUAUCCUCCGGGCUAUGGACAGGCGCCGGUGACCAGUACGAGUACGACGGCAGUUAUCCCUACCAAGACCUCGACCACUGUCGCUCAAUCCUCCGCUCAGGCCAGCACGACCGCCAUCACCUCUUCCACCGCCGUCCCUACCACCGCAAUCUCGACCCCGGUCACUUCAGCCUCGUCAACCAUCGCCACCUCGACCUCGACUUCCUCCACCCCUAACCCCGCAGCGACAGGUCUCACAGUCUGCUCCGCCCAAUCACUCGACUCGUUCCCCCUCUCCUGUUCCAGCGCGGCUUCGACCGGCGUUGAUACCUGUUGCACGGAAAGUCCGGGUGGACAUUUGCUCUUGACCGAGUUUUGGAAUACGGGCAAGGAUAGUGUGGGCCCGAAUACGACUUGGACUGUGCACGGACUUUGGCCUGAUAACUGCGAUGGGUCUUACGAGUCUUACUGUGAUCCCGCUCGAGAGUUGCAGAACGUCACUGCCGUCAUCGAAGCUUCCGGAGAUCAAGAACUCUUGGGGUACAUGAACGCCUUGUGGAAGAGCAAUACCGGGGACGAUGAGAGUUUCUGGGAACAUGAAUUCAACAAGCACGGGACUUGCCUUUCAACACUGGAGCCGAAGUGUUUCAAUAACUUCCAACCGCAACAAGACGCCGUCUCCUACUUCCGCAAGACCGUCGCUACGCACAAGACCCUCCUCACUUACGAGACCCUCGCUAGUGCGGGCAUCUUGCCGAGCUUGACGCAGACUUAUACGUUGGAGCAGGUCCAGGGGGCUUUGGAGAAACAGCAUGGAGGUGGGGUGAAUGUGAACUGUGAUGGGAGCGUCUUUGAGGAGGUCUGGUAUCAUUACGUCUCGCAAGGUUCGAUCGCGGAUGGGAAUCUCGUCCCGGCUCCUCUGGUCGGUAGCAAGUCUACUUGUCCCAGCACGGGAAUCAAGUAUUACCCCAAGUACACCACCAUCCCCGCUGAACAACCCGUAGGAUCCCCCGGUGGAGGCAAGAUCGUCGAUGGAGGCAAGGUGUUCCUGUACGCGGGACCCUCUACCGACUAUGUUGCGCAGAAGAAUUACUUGACCUCGACCGGUAAAUGGUACGCUUCGGGUACUCCGGCUGGAUACACCCUCAAAGCGGUGGAAGGUGGGAGUUAUACGUUGACGACGAGCAAGGGACCCUGUGCGGUCGAUGGGACGACCAAGUUGUUCUCUUGCGGGGCGGAGGUGACGAAAGGUUCGGAGUUCGUCUUUGCCGCUGAUGGCACGCUCACCCUCGGUGGAUCUGGCGCGUUCUCGGCUGCGCAGACGCCUUCGGGCCAGAACCAGAUCCUGGUCUACCAGAACAGCGAUAACGCUGUCAAGCUGGUCAUCGUGGGGAUCGCUCAGUAACUGAAGGGCGUUUGGGGGUGUAUAUGAAAUGUUGUAGGUGAUGGCGAAAAAAAGAGAGAAUGGGUUGUGUGGAUGUACGCAGUUAGAUGAUGCUUGAACCAUGCGUGAUGAAGUCAACGACAAG